CAGACGUCCCGCCCCUUCGGGGGAUGUCCCGCCUAUAGGAAGAGGGGGAGGGCAGGGCCAGCCAGGCGCGGGAUGGAGGAGCGGGAAGAGCACGGGGCCGGGUUCAGGAAGGAGACGGUGAACAAGCUGCUGCGCCGGCACUUCCGGGACGACAGGACGCGCGUGGGCGGGGAGGCGCUGGCGCUGCUGGCUGAGAUGCUGAAGGUCUUCGUGCGAGAGGCCGCCGUGCGAGCUGCCCGCCAGGCUCGGGCCGAGGACCUGGCGCGGGUGGACGUCGAGCACGUGGAGAAAGUGCUGCCGCAGCUGCUCCUGGACUUCUAGAAGCCUCCUAGGGCAUCCAG